CCUCUUGCUGGUGACAGAUAAUAGGAGCGGGUGUGAGAAGGAUUUGAACUUGCAACCGAGGCAGAGUGGAGGAGACUCCGAGUUGAUGACCGAGCAGACUGCGCUCCGAAGAGAGAGGAAAAGAGAGCGCUAUAACAGUUGGGACCAAAACAUCUGUGCGCUGAUCUACUCUUCUGGACCUUGUUCUGGGACUGGAACCCGGGCUCUUUGGAAACUAGAUCGAAUACUUACUUGAUGGAUAUCAGGACCCAAGGUUUUGUAGAGAUGUUGCAUCUCAGACACCUGCUCUGUCUUGUGUUUCUCUGUCGUGCGUUCGCUGAACAAGAUCCAUCAUGGAGGAUGAAGGUAGAGAAGGCUGCCCCCGCUAGUGGCUCUCUGGCUGGCAGGGUGGUGCUACCAUGCCAUUUCUCCAUCACCCCCACCACCCACAACCCUAGCACACAGGGCCCAGAGGACCAGCUGAGGAUCAAGUGGACAAAGCUGGAGGAAGAUGGGGAGCGUGUGGUGCUGGUGGCCCAGGGAGGAGUGAUCAAGGUGGAGCAGGAGUACAAGGGCAGGGUGUCGGUGCCCAAGCACGCCCAGGCAUUAGGCGACGCCUCGCUGAUCGUUGCCAGCCUGAGGGCUAGCGAUGCUGGGCUGUACCGCUGCGAGGUCAUGCAUGAGAUGGAGGACACCCAGGAUACUGUUCAUCUCAAUGUCAGCGGUGUGGUGUUCCACUACAGGUCUGCUUCUAGCCGCUAUACCUUUUCCUUUCCCGGGGCCGUUGACGCGUGUCGCGCAGCCGGGGCAACCAUCGCUACGGCCGAACAGCUGACUGCCGCCUUCGAGGACGGACUGGACCAGUGUGACGCCGGCUGGAUGGCCGACCAGACAGUCAGAUACCCAAUCACGAAGCCCCGUCCUGGUUGCAUGGGCGAUAUGAUGCACAGGCCUGGGAUCAGGACGUAUGGGCUCAGAGACCCUAAAGAGACCUACGACGUCUACUGUUACGCAGACAAACUACGCGGUGAGGUGUUCUAUGCUCCUAUCCGUUACAAGCUGACCCUUCGCCAGGCUAAGCGCGCGUGCGAGACGCAGGGGGCGGUGCUCGCCUCCCCUGGCAACCUGUUCGCCGCGUGGCGCGGAGGCCUGGAUCGCUGUGACUACGGCUGGCUGUCAGACGGGAGCGCCCGCUACCCCAUCUCGGUCUCCAGGCCCCAGUGUGGAGGAGGGCUGCUGGGGGUCCGGACUCUGUACCGAUUCCCCAACCAGACUGGCUUCCCCAAACCUAUUGACAGACAUGGAGCGUUCUGCUUCAAGGAUGUUGAUGAAUGCCAGUCCAACCCAUGUCGUAAUGGAGCCACCUGUAUGGACGGAGUCAACUCCUUCACCUGUUUGUGUCUACCCAGCUACACAGGAGGGCUCUGUGAACAAGAUGUUGAUGAAUGCCAGUCCAACCCAUGUCGUAAUGGAGCCACCUGUAUGGACGGAGUCAACUCCUUCACCUGUUUGUGUCUACCCAGCUACACAGGAGGGCUCUGUGAACAAGACACGGAGGUGUGUGAGUAUGGCUGGCAGAAGUUCCGGGGCCAUUGUUAUAAGCACAACACCCACCGUCGCACCUGGGCCGCUGCCGAGAGGGAGUGCCGUCUCCACGGAGCCCACCUCGUCAGUGUCCUGUCACAGGAGGAGCAGCUGUAUGUCAACGGUCUGGGCCAUGACUACCAGUGGAUCGGUCUAAACGACAAGAUGUUUGAGAGAGACUUCCGCUGGACUGACGGCAACAUCAUGCAAUAUGAGCACUGGCGUCCCAACCAGCCAGACAGUUUCUUCCAGUCUGGAGAGGACUGUGUGGUGAUGAUCUGGCACGAGGGAGGACAGUGGAAUGACGUACCCUGCAACUACCACCUCACCUUCACCUGCAAGAAGGGCACAGUCUCUUGCAGCCAGCCACCAGUAGUGAAGGAUGCUCGUGUGUUUGGUUCUAUGAAGCCUCGUUAUGAGAUCAACACUCUGAUUCGUUACCACUGUAAAAGCGGCUUCAUACAGAGAUACCCCUCCACCAUCCGCUGCCGUGACAACGGCCAAUGGGACAGCCCCAAGAUCACCUGCAUAAGCCCCGCUACCUACCAGAAGUCUUUCUCUUCUAGGAAACACACCGACAAUCACAAUCAUAACCAGAAUCAGUACAAUCACAAUAAUCACAACCUGUUCAACUAUCAAAACCAACAAUACAACAGCCAAAACAAUCAAGACCAACAGAAGACCAACAACCAAAAGCAAAAACAGCAGAGCGAGAGGAGACAUCAACACUAAUCUGAUCUCUGGUCAGUCCUUAAAAGCGCAGAUCCGGUUGCAAAAGGAACCUUCCCCAAAUGUCUGUAUUUCUGGAAAAUGUGUGAAUUUCUGAGAAAAUGUACAGUUAUUCUGCAUCCCUAAUCCCAGAGCAACUCAGAUCAGAUCACAUAGCUCGAACCCAUAGAUAUACAUAUAUAUAUGUGUAUAUAUAUGGGUGUGUGUGUAUAUGUAUGUCAAUUUGUAUGUCAAUUUAUCUGGAUAGGGGCAUGGGGUUAUUUCACAAAGUUUAGUCAUAAUCAACAAGCUAACUCUGAUAAACUCUGAUAAAACACAUUUCUAGUUUAUAAACGGGUGUUAUGAACAUUGUUACAGAGGAUUGAGUCCAUUUCAAAUUCAACCAGGACAAAUUUAAGUUUCAGAAUAUUUAUUUCAGUUUGCUGGCUAACUUAAUUUUGACCUUGCUUCGUGAAAUCCAACCCCAGAUCACUUCCUAAUUCUUCCUACAACCGUGACACCACAGUGCCUUAAUGGUUAACACAGUGUCCAAUGUCCAUCUCCCGAACUGGAGAACUUGACCGCUUCUGCUCUAGAGAUGGACACUUCUCAAUCCAGCGCCUUCUGAACAUUUCCCUCUUGUCCUGUUUCUUUACCCCAUAGAAAUAAUCCACUAAAAAUAACAGACGUAAAACCACAAUUGUUUUGUUGGCGACACGUUUGCAAUAUUCCCAUGAAAGAGCCCAUUAAGUUAAAGGAACAUGAAUUGUUACAUAGUUUCCAACAUUUGCAAUGUUGUUUUCCCCCUUCUCUCUCUCUCUCUCACAGAACGUGAGACGAAGAGCCACUCGCUUAUCACAAUCUUCGGUCAGUCACUUUAUUUGAAAAGUCACCAUGAAGGACUCAUAUCAGGAACGAGCUCAAUCAGUUCCUUAUAGGAGAGGACAUGACGAGAGGUCCGUGUCAGACCGUGUCUGUGACAGGUCACCUCCUCCAGUGGCGCUCCAGCAUAUACAAACGCAUCCGCCGACGUCUUCUCCUUAAAGGCAAUGUUUUUUUUUAAAGGGAAUGGGCUUCGUACGCUUAACCAAUUUUGUUAUUGCUAUGUGUGCAAUGACACAUGGGAGAAGAGAGAGUGCAAUGAGUGUCAGGUAUUGUAGGUGGGAAAAUGUAAGAAGCUGUGGCCGUUUAAUUUAUUGCAUAUGUUACACCUAUACACGGCCUGUGAUACUGUUCAACUGAAGUGGCUAUUGUAAGGGUGCCUUGUUUGGCUGUUUCCAGACAUCGGCCUUGCAUUGAAGGAAUCUUGUCUUAGAUCAUGUGGCCUUACCAUAUUCUGUUUAGUAAAGUUCUACGAUCCAGAUAGCUGUGAUGGCGCUGUUCAGGGGGAUGACUUGUACCUGCGAGUCACCACAAACUGCUCUCAACAGAGGCGAAUUUGAGAAGCAUUCCAAGGCACUAUGGCCGUUUAUUCAGAAAUGCCACAAAUAAUGAUUCUUCCCCCGAGGACAGAAAGGACUGGGUGAAGAAUCAGUACUGGAAGUCGGUAGACGAGGGCCUCUGUUCUUCAGUUAGGAUUCUGGUUCAUGUGUCUUCUCUGCUUACUGCUUUCAUCCGUUCUGUCUUCUCUCCGUGUAUGUGUUCUAUCAUAGUGUUUUAUCAUCCAAAUGAUGUGUGUUUCUACCCCAGAGAGCGUGGGGUAUGCUGUAUCGGGGGGGGUGAAUACUUUGUCCGUUUUUAUGUUCUUGUAUCUGUUGUGUAUGUCCCCCAAAAACCCACUAAUACUGUACCUAUACACCAUCCUGUGCUCCCAUCUCACCUUGCGCUGACUGUGCAAUAAAAAUAAAUACGAAUAAACCGAUUUUACCCAGAGUCUAUCCAUUUUCUCACACUUCGUAUCUCAGUGCAGAAGAUGAUUCGAUAGAUCCACUUGAGCUUAUUGAAAAAGUAUCCCAGCGUCUUUCCCUGUCAUAAGUACUGACUGCCCACAGAGGAAAGUCUGGGGUUUUACCGGUGAGAGCGACGACGGAUGACGCAUACUCUCCCCACAGUGAAUAAACGAAUGGAUGGAGGAAUGAAUGAAAGGCUUGAACUGAAUAAAUGAGUAUCUUUCCUGUCUUGUCAGUCAGUGCAGCCCUGCUGUGGGACCAGGCAACAGCUGCUUGCAGGCUAUGUCGGGGAUCCUAGAAUAGUGCUCUCCUCUGGAAACCAGCAUGAAUAUAUGAGCCGCUACCAGCAAACCAACGUCUCGACCUCAUGCCGUCAUCCAGCUCCUAAAACAAUCUGCUGCUUUGACAGACAUUUUUCAGUUGCAAGAUCAGAGAACAGAACAGGAAUACCAUGAAAAGGCCUCUGUGUACAUCUGUAAUUCCCCCCAAACUGGCAGGAAAACCAUUUACGCAAACGUCCCCACCCUUUGGAAACACGUACAUUACUGAGGUCCUGUGUGUGUGCGUGUGUGUGUGCAGGCAUGAAUCACUGAAGGCCUAUGCCUUUACACCUGGCAAUCACAGUGUGCUUCAGCCCCAAACCAGCCCCUCUCCUCUACCAAUAGAUACUGUACCAUGGCUCUUACUAUAGCCCUUAUUCCUACUUCACUCAGCAGUGGUAUACACACAAAACUGCAAGUCCAGGUAUUUUUGGUUUCCAUGGCAACAAAUAAGAAGCAAAGUCAGGAUUCUUUAUUUGAAUUGUUUUAUUUUCCUCUUGACUUUGGGUCCAAAAAGUUCCUAACAUGGUUACAAACUGAGUAAUGUUGUACGUACACAAAACAAUGUAGGGAUAAAAAUGAUUGCCUGGUUGUAGUUUUUUCUUAAACUUUUGAAUGAAUUGAUACAUGACAUAGUUCAUUCUUAAAAUAAGUCAUGGGCAGUUCUUGAACCAGCCAAAAAUGUUUUGUUAGUAAAGGUUCACAAUGAGCAUGUUACUACAGUUGAAGAAAAGCAUUGGUGAUACUUUCUGACAGAUUUGUAACGUUCUCUGACAGGAGCUCUCUUGUGUUUAUCAUAAUCAUUGUCGUGGCUCAUGAUUCCUGUUUAAAACGUGUUAAUCACUGUGCUUUGCUGACAGGGGAAACAAGUAAGGUACCCUACCGUUCAAAAGUUUGGGGUCAUUUAGAAAUGUCCUUGUUUUUGAAAGAAAAACAAAUGUUUUGUCCAUUAAAAUACCAUUCAAAUUGAUCAGAAAUACAGUGUAGACAUUGUUAAUGUUGUAAAUGACUAUUGUAGCUGGAAACGGCAGAUUUUUAAUGGAAUAUCUAAAUAGGAGUACAGAGGCCAAUUAUCAGCAACCAUCACUCCUGUGUUCCAAUGGCACGUUGUGUAAGCUAAUCCAAGUUUAUCAUUUUAAAAGGCUAAUUGAUCUUUAGAAAACCCUUUUGCAAUUAUGUUAGCACAGCUGGAAACUGUUGUCCUGAUUAAAGAAGCAAUAAACUGGCCUUCAGGCUAGUUGAGUAUCUGGAGCAUCAGCAUUUGUGGGUUUGAUUA